AUGCUUAUCCUGCGCGUUAAUAGGAACAGAGUGUGGGAGUGCGAGUAUCAAGCUUACGUGGUGGAAUACCUCGACACAUGUCCCGUUGCCAAGACUCCGAUCCCGUACUUCCCAAUCCCGGACGACGCAGAGGACGCCUGCUCUUGCAACCUGGGCGAGGUCUAUGAGGGCAUCUACCCGCCCCUCUCGGACGUGACGACGUGUUCAACCAAUGCAGGCCUCGUCGACGGCUUCAGUGCACAGGAGGCGUACGAAAAGGGCUGUCAGUGCUGUGAGAUGAGUGCCUUGAUAUCAAAUGCUUAUGGCAUAUGUCCUGAUACCGAUCAAUCCUACCUCCUUAUCCCAACGCUCCUUGCGGAAGUAGAGAACUCGUACGGAUUCAACUUCACCGACUGCGCAGACUCCUUGUCCCAAUACGACUGCGUAAGCGACCUGGGCUUCACCAAUGUUGCAGGAGGCACCUUCUACAGUCCCGAUGACCUGCCCACGACCGCUACCCAGUCUCUGUCGAACGGACCGGGGACCGUGACCGCUCCUGCAAGCGGCAGUGUCUUCACUUACACUAAUGGGGCAGACAGCCAAGUCUACACCAUCACCGCCGCUUCUGUUGAUAAGGCUGGCUCGGCCAAGACGACGACAGCUAAAGGGAGCGAUGCCACCGGGUCGAGCACAGAUAGCACUGGCAGUGCUGGAACUGGGAGCCCUACUGCCACAGGCUCUGGGAGCACUUCGACUUCGAGUACCGCGAAGAACAGCGGUGAUGUUCUCCGCGCGAACGCGGGCCUGGUUGCCGGUUUGCUCCUCGGGUGUCUUUAUUUGACUCACAUGUGA